AUGGCUCAGAUUACUGCUAAUGAUUUAAGAAAGUCUGCCAGUACCAAGUGUAUAACUUUUAAGGAUCGAAAGAGGUGGAAACCUCCAACAGGUGACACUUUUAAAGUUAAUUGUGAUGCGAGUCUGUUUUCUGAUUGGAACCUAGCAGGAAUUGAUUGUGUUAUUAGAGAUUCUAAUGGGCAUUGGAUUUCGGGUUGUUCUAGUAGCUACCCUCCAGGGCCUACCGUUAGAUGUGAGUUUUUUGCUGUUUGGAGGGGUUUGAUUUUAGCUUGGGAUUAUGGCUUGAGAGAUAUUGUGUGCGAAACAGAUUCUCUUGACAUUUUGCACAUUUUAAAAAAUCCGGCAAAUGUGCUAAAUUGUGAUGUGGUUGAUAUUCUUCAGAAGAUACAGGAGCUUCUAUCAAGACCUUAG